AACGCAACAGGCGUUGUAGUUUAUAUUUAUAUAAACACAUACACAGUUAUAUUGUUUUAAAAUUCUGUGUUUAAAUAGUCUGUAUUUAGUUUUUAGCAAUGUCGUAACUGAGAGUUGUUUAAAAUCCUGUUUGCGGAAAUGCAAGAGACUGGGGGGGCAGGGAAAUAAACGCGACAGCUCUUCCUAACAAAAAGAGAAAAAAUCACGAAUUAUCCACAGUUCCAGAACACCGGUGGCUUUACACAACAACCAAUUUAGUCCAACUCCCCAGAGUCCUUCUCACAGAUCUAGUUAUGGCGACAUCUGCUGGAGAGAGCAGCAUUUUAGAGGAAGAGUUGACGUGUCCAGUGUGUCUGGACCUAUACCGCGAUCCCCACCUGCUGCCCUGCGGUCAUAACUUCUGUCUGCCGUGCCUGCGGAGGCUCAAGAACCGCUCAGAUCACGGCCGCUUGCGAUGUCCGGAGUGCCGACAGAGUCACCGCAGCUCUGCCAACUGGCAGAAGAACUUCAAACUGGCCAACAUUGCUGAUAGUUUCCGCCGUCGUAGCCAAUCAGUUCGCUCCACUCAGAGCCGGUGUGACCCAUUUCACGGACCUGCUGAGGUACACUGUGAUUACUGUCCAGUGGAUGGCAGUGGAGAUGGGAAAGGUCCCAUGGCAGUUAAAACCUGCCUGAAGUGUGAAGUGUCCAUGUGCCCAAAGCAUGUUCAGCCUCAUUUGGAGCUCCCGGCUUUCCGAGAGCACCCGCUGGUGGAGCCGCUCAAUGACAUGAGGAAGAGGAAGUGUUUGGAACAUGAUGAGAUGUUCCGGUACUACUGCAUGGAUGAGCGCUUGUUCCUCUGUAAUGCCUGCACCAUAGAGGGAACGCACAAUGGACACUGCAUCAAAACGCUGAAGAACACCAUGAAAGAUUUCAAGAUUUAUCUUGACAUUCAGCUGCACAAGACGAACAGGAAGAUCCUAAAGGCAGAGAAAAAUCGACUUGAACAAAAAGAGAUUGAACGGAUUAACAAGGUCUACCGGGAUGACACAGACCAGCACCUAGAUGCUUUCCGAGAGACUUCAAUCGCACAUCUGGAUGCUUUUCUAUCAUCGCUGCGUGAAUGUGUCAGCACCUAUGAUGGCGAGCAUUGUUCUGGAAUCCAGCAGAACCUGAGUCGAAUAGCUCAAGAUCAGACUCGUCUACAAGAGGUUUACUCAGGCUUUGAGAGGCUUCUACAGGAGAAUGACUCUUUCCAAUUCAUUAAGGAUUACAAUUCAUCUAUGAAAAGGUACCAGAGACAGUUAAAAAAACCUCUGUUUUUCCCUGAUGAGCCAACAGUCGACACUGAGCCACUGUAUGAAACUAUGGAAGGAAAGAUGGAGGAGUUCAUUGCUGAAUUGCGUCAGCAUGGCAGCACAUUCAUCAGCACACUUUGUGAAUUUGAAGGGGGAGAUGGUGAGGAGGAGGUGGAUGAUGAUGAUGAAGAUGAAGAAAGUUUUGAUGAUGAUGAAAAUGAAAGUGAUGCAGAAGGUGAGGAGAUGAGGAGUGAGGAGGAGGAGGAGCAGAUCCUCGUCACUGAGUCUGAAGAUGAAGAAUAUACCCCAGAGGAGGAAGAAGAUGAUGAAGAUGACUAGAAGAACAGCUGGAUGAAGAUAAUCUGCAUUUAAAUUCCAAUAAUUUGUGUAGCAAAUGAGCCACCGUUUCACUUGAAAUUGAUGCAGUGAACUGGCAUUUGAAGAGUGUGUGGACACAUGUAUUGAGAGUCAGUAUUCAUUCCUGUAAUAAGAUGUUUUGCUGAAAUUUUUCUGUUAUUUAAAUUGAAUAUAAGAUUUUUCAUGAGAUUACAAAAAAAUAUAAUUGACAGGAAGUGACAUGGUGUUUAUAUAUUUAUGAGAAUGGGUUGUGUGUUGAACCUGACAUUGUCUGUGGAUGAAAUCUAUUUUCUGUUAUGUUGAUAUUAUCUUGGAUAUCUAGAUUCCAGUUUCAAAGUGCAGGGUAACGCAUGUUAACAUGGAUGUUAAUUUUGGAUGGGUUUAAUUUUGCACUUAUUUUCCAGUGAUGUUGUGAGAAGAGGUGGUGUUGGAAAAAAAGAAUGUAUAAUAAAAUAUAGUUUCAUAAUUUAAAAA